AUGUAUCCUGUUCUCCGGGCUUGGCAAUUGGUUUGCAAACGUUUCACCGUCAACAGCCCAGGUGACAUCAUCAGUGCUUGUGAAGUGGCACUAUUCUGCCCUGGACCCGUUCCUUUACAUACGCGGUCUUCUCCACCGACUAUGCUUGUCCCCAGUUCUCACUUGAUUCAACUCAGUUCGCCGUUGAACUGGUACGAGGGGCUGACCAGUCAACAUCCGUACAUUGAACAGUACGUGGGUGAACCCUAUUCGUAUCUGAUGCUCCCGGAGGACGCAGAGCAGAUCCGAGCCACCGUUCGUCGCUUAUUGAUCAAUCCCAUUGAAGAUGGUUACAUUCCGUUCGAAUUCUCUGCAAUUGGUUACUUGGAACGAUUGAAUGCAUUAUUAGACCAUCAGGAUUUUUGCAAUCGAACAACAAGUACAAUUGCUCAUCAUCAGUUCAUACCAAUCCUGGCCCCGGCCGGAUGGUCUUGCAAUCGGGCCUGUGAAUCCCUCGAUCGAUCCCAAGUGAACUUCAGCACAGGUGGUAAUGUUCGAUUGUUUUCGAUAUCAGAUAAUCAUCUUCGACCGCAUAGUUAUUCCGAUCUGCGACUUCCGUUUGCUCGUCCACGGACGAAAUCCGUUAUGUGGCAACGACUCCGUUGUGCCCCGGAAUAUUUUCCCCUCGUAAACAAUCCCAAUACCGUGAUCCGAACUUGGAAUAUCACAUGUGAAAUGAAAUCCCACUCAGCUGAGAUGAUCGCACCGUAUGUGGAUCGAACAAUGGGCGAGUGCACAUUUCAAGCCGAUCCGCUUCGGUUCAGUUGUGCCUAUCCAGACGAUUCGGAACCGGGUAUUCCAACGCGACAACGAGUGUGCCCGUGUCGUGAUCGAUUAGCAGGACAGAAUGCGAUUGGAGAACAGUAUGUAUGA